UAAGCAAAUUUGAAAGAUGAGUCCAAACCACAAAAUUUGAAGAAGAAAAAAUCUUACAAAUUAUAACUAAAUACUUUACAAACACUUCCCCCAAAGAAAGCAAAACAACAUACUUUUAUUUAGUGUUAGGGUACCUGGUCUAUCUUAUUGUCUUUUGUUUGGUAUUGUAGUAAAUGUUCUUACAUGAAGUAAAAUUUCACAGCUCAUGGAAUGACGUUUUACACUGCUGCUGCUGCAAAUCUGAUUGAUAGAUAAUAUAGUAAUGGGCAUUGUGUAGAACUGCGUCUUUGUUGCAGAGCCCAUUUAUAAAUUAUAUAACGGGAUGCAUGAACGAAUUCACUGGGACCUGUAUAUAUUAUUUGCACAACUUGCAGCUACCAGUGUAUGGCAGUUGAAAGAACUGACUAGAUAAACACAAUGGAUUCUAAAAAAUCUGGACCCCCAGCAAAGAAACCAAGAAAUGACUUUGAUGAUGAUGACCCAGGUUUUGAGGACGAGCUCGAGCUGGCUUUGUUUGAUGAAAUGGAAACUGAGAUGAAGGGAGACGUUGACAUGGCAGAUGUUGUUGCAGGUGAUGGUCCGGACAACGUGCCCACCAGUACAAAGUGGUCCCGUCCUCCAGCUCCUGUACUGGACCCCAAGGUAGACACGGUGACCUUUCAGCAGAUGGAUGUGGAUUUCUACGUUGGUAAACACCUGCCAGGUAUGCCUGGAUCCACAAGUGGUCCCGUUCCUGUCAUCAGGAUGUACGGUGUGACGAUGGAAGGACACAGCGUUCUUGCUCAUAUCCACGGAUUUGCACCCUACUUCUUUGUCCCAGCUCAGCCAGGUUUUAAGAGUCAGGACUGUGAUGCCUUCAGGACUUCCCUAGACACUGUCGUAAUGAAGGACUUACGGUCGAACAGAGAGGGUUUACAGAGUGCCGUUCUGGCUGUUGACAUGGUAAACAGAGAAAGUAUUUAUGGUUACCAUGGCAACAGAAAAAUUCCUUUUCUGAAGAUCACCAUGGCCCUACCUCGUUUAAUUGCACCAGCAAAGCGUUUAUUGGAGCAGGGAUUUACAUGUCCUGGAUAUUUACAACAUGGAUAUCUGUCUUAUGAAAGCAACAUUGACUUUGAAGUACGCUUCAUGGUAGACAGUGAUGUAGUUGGCUGUAACUGGAUCGAAGUUCCUGCCAGAAAAUACCAACUACGUGACAGAAGGAACACCUCGAACUCCGACAUCCGACAUCCUGCACAUACUUCACGUUGUCAGAUAGAACUGGAUGUGUCCUGGGAAGAUUUUAUAUCGCAUGUCCCUGAAGGGGAGUGGUCCAAGGUGGCACCCUUAAGGAUCCUUAGUUAUGACAUAGAAUGUGCUGGAAGGAAAGGAAUCUUCCCAGAGGCAGACAAGGACCCAGUAAUACAGAUAGCCAACAUGGUGAUCAGACAGGGGGACCAUGAACCCUUUAUCAGGAAUGUGUUUACCCUCAAUACAUGUGCCCCAGUCAUAGGGUCGCAGGUCCUGUGUCACAUGAAAGAGGCCAACAUGUUAGAGAAAUGGGCGGAGUUUGUACGAGAUGUAGAUCCUGACAUCAUCACUGGUUAUAACAUACAGAACUUUGACACUCCCUACCUCAUCAACAGGGCCAAUCACCUCAAAGUGAAGGACUUCACGUUCCUCGGACGUAUACGAGACAUCAAGUCUGUCAUCAAGGAAUCUACAUUUCAGAGUAAACAGAUGGGCAAACGUGAAAACAAAGUGGUCAAUAUGGAGGGCCGCACACAAUUAGAUCUCUUCCAGAUUGUUCUGAGGGACUACAAACUACGAUCAUACUCGCUGAAUGCUGUCUCGUUCCACUUUCUACAAGAACAGAAGGAAGAUGUACAACAUUCCAUUAUCACAGACCUUCAAAAUGGUACAGAUCAGACGAGACGACGUUUGGCAGUGUAUUGUCUAAAGGACGCCAUAUUACCGCUACGUCUCCUGGACAAGCUCAUGUGUGUCAUCAACUACAUAGAAAUGGCGAGAGUAACAGGGGUACCCCUACCCUACCUGUUGUCGCGGGGCCAGCAGAUCAAAGUCAUAUCACAGCUACUUAGAAAGGCCAAAGAGCAAGACCUGGUGCUACCAACACAGAAGAUAGAGGUCGGUGAUGAGUACGAGGGCGCCACAGUUAUAGAACCUGUCAAGGGGUACUACGACAUGCCCAUAGCGACGUUAGAUUUCUCCUCCCUGUACCCCUCCAUUAUGAUGGCUCACAACCUGUGUUACACAACACUGCUCAGUCAAACCGCUAUUAAUAAGGAAGGCUUGUCCCCAGAAGAGUACAUCAAGACACCGUCUGGGAACCUUUUUAUCAAAGCCCAGCACCGGAAAGGACUUCUACCAGAAAUUCUAGAGCAUCUGCUUGGUGCCCGAAAAAAAGCUAAAGCUGAUCUAAAAAAAGAAACUGACCCUUUCAAGAAAAAAGUAUUGGAUGGUCGCCAGCUGGCUUUGAAAAUUAGUGCCAACUCUGUAUAUGGAUUUACAGGUGCUCAGGUCGGCAAACUGCCUUGUCUGGAAAUAUCACAGAGUGUGACUGCGUUUGGGAGGAUGAUGAUUGAACAGACCAAGAACUAUGUAGAAGAGAAGUAUACCAUAGCUAAUGGCUACCAACAUGAUGCUAAGGUUGUGUAUGGUGACACUGACUCGGUGAUGUGUAAGUUUGGUGUGGACACUGUCGCCGAGGCCAUGGAUCUAGGACUAGAGGCAGCUAACUUUAUCUCUGCCAAGUUUGUUAGUCCCAUCAAACUAGAAUUUGAAAAGGUUUACUUUCCUUACCUGUUAAUUAACAAAAAGCGUUACGCUGGAUUGUACUGGACUAACCCAAACAAACAUGACAAGAUGGACUGUAAAGGCAUAGAGACAGUGAGGCGUGACAACAGUCCUAUAGUGGCCAACCUUAUCAACACUUGUCUACAGAUGAUCCUUAUAGACAGGGACCCAACUGGUGCAGUGGAAUAUGCGAAGCAGACAAUAUCCGACCUACUGUGUAAUAGGAUAGAUAUAUCCCAGUUAGUCAUCACCAAGGAGCUCACAAAGACUGACGACGAGUACUCGGCCAAACAGGCCCACGUAGAACUGGCCAACAGAAUUAAAAAGAGAGACCCUGGCAGUGCCCCACAGCUCGGAGAUAGAGUUCCUUACGUUAUCGUUGCGGCAGCAAAGAAAACAGCAGCUUAUAUGAAGUCUGAGGACCCUAUAUACGUCCUUGAGAACAACAUCCCUAUAGACACCCAGUAUUACCUGGAGAACCAGCUAUCCAAGCCUCUUCUCCGGAUAUUUGAACCAAUUCUGGGAGAGAAGAAAGCCGAGUCUGUCCUUUUACGUGGUGACCAUACCCGCACUAAAACCAUGGUAACGGCUAAGAUUGGUGGACUCAUGGCAUUCGCUACCAAAAAAGAGAAAUGUAUUGGCUGUCGAACAGUUCUGGAUGACACGUCUGCGGUGUGUAAAUACUGUAAGCCUAAGGAAUCUGGUAUCUAUCAGAAAGAGGUAUCCCAUCUAAAUAUGUUAGAGGAAAAGUUCUCUCGUCUAUGGACCCAGUGUCAGCGCUGUCAAGGUAGUCUUCACGAGGACGUGCUGUGUACGAGUCGAGAUUGCCCUAUAUUCUACAUGAGGAAAAAAGUGCAAAAAGACUUGGCUGAUCAGGACAAACUGAUGACACGAUUUGGUGUUCCUUCCUGGUGAUGAUCAGGACAAACUGAUGACACGAUUUGGUGUUCCUUCCUGGUGAUGAAAUCUGACAAUCCUCUGUGGAUAUCAAAUAUCGUGUCAUUAGAGUGUAAAGCAAUCAAGAUGUGAUCCUAGUUCUAAAGAUCAUCUGAUCAGGACAAUCUGGUGUGAUUUGGUGUUCCUCUAGUAUCAUUGUGUCUACAGUCAAGAAGUUGUGAUCCUAAUUUGUGCCUAAUUGCGGAUUUAGAAGUGGCAAAGAACAUCAAAAAAAUAUCUGGAAAUGGAAUAGUGCUGUAAGUUGAACUUGAAACUGGAGUUUUGUUUAAGUAUAUGAUACUAGAAAACAAAAUCUUGUUAAUAUUUGAAUAACCUUAAUGUAAGUCCUUUAGAAAUCUGGACAUUGAACUUGAAAUCCUGGAUUUUCUAGUGCAUUAAAUCUGCUUGAUAAGGUGAACAAGUGUUGUGUGAACUUAUAAUUUAUAAGUGUGUUAAGAAGAUUUCUAUUAAUCAUUUUAUAUAAUACUGAAGUGAUUUAUAAGUGUGUUAGGAAGAUUUCUAUUAAUCAUGAUAUAUAAUACUGAAGUGAUUUAUAAUUGUGAUAGAAAGAUUUUCUAUUAAUCAUGUUAUAAAGUGAACAAUACAGGCCCACCAGGCCUCUUGUUUAAGCACCUUUAGAAUAAAGCUAGAAUACUGGAGUAUUUGCUGGUUUGUGAGGGGAUAACACAUUAUGAUUAAUCAUUGAUUAGUGUCAGUCCAAUAUGUAAUGAUGAUGUUUGGAGUUCCUCCCACCACAUAUACUUGUUAGUAGAGUAAUUCAAAUAAGGAAUUGUAUAAAAGGCAGCAUCAUCAUCAUCAUCAUCAUCAUCAAUGAAAUAGAGUUAUACACCUCACAGGCCAUUUGACAGAUGAAGGCAUGUAGUAAUGAAGGGAGAUUUAUUCUCCUGACUAGUAGUUCAUAAUAAUAAUUUGAUUAAGAUAAUGUUAAUGGGACCCAUGUACAGGUUCCGCGUAUUGAAUUGUUUACGAUGUAGAUAAAUGGGUCCCAUGUACAGGUUCCGCGUAUUGAAUUGUUUACGAUGUAGAUAAAUGGGACCCAUGUACAAGUUCCGCGUAUUGAAUUGUUUACGAUGUAGAUAAAUGGUACCCAUGUACAGGUUCCCCGUAUUGAAUUGUUUACGAUGUAGAUAAAUGGUACCCAUGUACAGGUAUUGAAUUGUUUACGAUGUAGAUAAAUGGGUCCCAUGUACAGGUCUGUGUAUUGAAUUGUUUACGAUGUAGAUAAAUGGGUCCCAUGUACAGGUUCCGCGUAUUGAAUUGUUUACGAUGUAGAUAAAUGGGACCCAUGUACAGGUUCCGCGUAUUGAAUUGUUUACGAUGUAGAUAAAUGGGACCCAUGUACAGGUUCCGCGUAUUGAAUUGUUUAUUUACGAUGUAGAUAAAUGGGACCCAUAUACAGGUUCCAGGUAUUGAAUUGUUUACGAUGUAGAUAAAUGGGACCCAUGUACAGGUUCCAGGUAUUGAAUUGUUUACGAUGUAGAUAAAUGGGACCCAUGUACAGGUUCCGCAUAAUAAAUUGUUUACAAUGUGGAUAAAUGACUUGUGAGCAUGUAGUAAUGAAUUGACAGGGAAUGUGAAGAGAGAAUGGGCCAAAAUGUUACGAGUGCUAAUCAAUGUUUUGUAUUCUGUAUACAUACAAUCAAUAAAAUGCUGAAAUGUUAAGUAA